AUGGUGUUUCUUGUCAAAGCCCUUCGAAUGGGUCUUGGCUUUGCGUCAGAAGCAAUCCAUGCAGUUCGAGAUCGACCCUCGUCGAGGGAUCAACCUAAAGCCAUUCCUCCUAGCGAAUCCUCGCUAGAAAACUUCGAGAACCCCAACUCUGCCAAGCCAGUUUCCACGGACAGAACUUUUUCACUGUGCUCAUCAUACUACCCAGAGGAUGACACUGUCCCUCGGGGGCAGACAGUCACUGCUGACGUCGGAUCGGACUCUUGGUCAGAUCAUGUGGCUUAUCACAACCAGGACGAGUUGUCGUGGCAGCUUGAUGAUAUGAUCGAGCGGCUGAGACAGCCAAAUUCCGGCGAAGACUUGUAUGCACUUCCAUACGACGAUACUCUGACCGACUCGUAUGAUGAGACGGAGGACGAAGAGGAAAGAAAGCUCAAGCAGAGGGAAGCAUUGGCUCGUGAGCUAGUUGAUAUGGCGGGGCCCCCUCCCGAGUAUCUACAACGACUUCCAUGUCCUGUCAUUAUUCCUCAGCGCCGUCCUAGAAACAAGGACCGCGGAUUCGUACGUGCAUAUGCACCCAUUCUCCAGGACUGCGGCAUCGACCAAGAAGUCUUUUUACAAUUCUUGGAAUACCUAGAUGUCGUUAAUCAUGCCUCUGCUUGGAUUGAAGUGGUUUUCAUCGCCGCUCAAAUCACAUCAUCUCUCCCAUUCCCGGCCGCUAUGGCUGUAGGCAUGGUCCUCUCUGUGAUUGCCGGCACUGCUCGCGAAUUACAAAAGCGAACUCGUGCAAAUACCUUUCUUGAGAUGGUCAACCGUGAUUUGUUCAUGCCUCGUGGGCUAUUUGUUAUGGUUAUCGCAUUCAAACAUGAUGAUCCUGCACAACAGGGCCCACUGGCUAAAGCCACCAGCUCGCUCAAGAAAAGCAUCUUUAAAAAGGAAAAAGUAGACCUGAAUAAGGCAGCCGUGAAAUGGAGCAACCCUGAUGUAAACAGGUCGAACUUCGGAAAGAAACUGGACAAUAUCCGAGUGGAGAGCGGCGAGACAAGUUCUGAGCUCGAAUUGCCGGAAACUGCAAGCCUAAUCUACCCCCAGUUGGAUCGGAUUAUUGCAGGUGGAUACACGGAAGAGCAAUCACAAGGAAUUCUCGAAAAGUUCAAAGGCGCCGGAGAGUGGGUCAAUGACUACAUGGACAGAAGAGCGAUGGUGUUUUAUGAAGCAAAACACCCUGGGUCGCCAAUGGUAGUGCCUUCUGAGCAGCGGAAACCAAUGAAGUCACGCUUUAACGAUCCAGAUCAUCCUGUGAACAGCGGAUCGAUAAUUUCUCUCGUCACCGGCGGUCUUGUUCCUCUACCGGGUCCUGGCAAGUUACUUGCUAAGAGGAAUGAAGCGUUAGGGAUCAAUCGUCUUUUUGGCAAACCAGCGGAUUCGCAAGACGGCCGACUAGUUCCUAGCACAGGAAGAAAUCACCUCAAGAAAGUUUUCUUGAAGAACGUCUUAUACCUUGCGGUUGUCAACCUGCCUACCGAAGAAGAGGCUGAAAAAUCAAAGGCUCAAUUUGAAAGCAUGGUGUAG